AUGACCAAUUAUAUUCUGAUGGUUCUGUUCCUGUUUUCGUAUUUUGCCAGCAUGUAUCUCCUGACAGCAAUGAGCAUGGAGAGGUGCCUGUCUGUUUUGUUCCCAGUCUGGUACCGAUGUCGCUGCCCAAAGCACUUGUCAGGCAUCAUGUGUGGGGUGCUCUGGGCUCUCGCUGGACUUUUUGUUUCUUUGGCUUUGAUUAGUUGUUAUUUCAAUAUAAACUGUAAACAGCUAUUACAAGGUAUAAGCAUUAUGAAUUUUCUCAUUUUCUCUUUGCUCCCACUCCUUUCCAACCUUUCCAUGUUCAUCAAACUCUGAUGUGGCUCACAGAGACGACAGCCAGGGAAACUCUAUGUUGCUCUCCUGCUCAGUGUGAUCUUCAUGUUAAUCUUUGGGUUUCCUCUCACUGUGGCGAUUUUUCUUGGUCAUAUUGGUAUAUGCCUGUUUAUACUUCAGAUGUCUUACCUGCUGGCAUCUCUGAACAGCAGCAUCAACCCAUUCAUUUAUUUCCUGGUGGGGAGUUGCCGGCGGCGCCGGUUCCAAGUGUCUGCUAAAGUUGCCCUCGGACGAGUGUCCCAAGAGAAAGCGAUGAGCGAGGAGGAGAGCCACGUGCCUGGGGGCACUGCGGUGGAGACCACUCUGUAA